UCUUUGGAAAUUUUGUGUUAUUUUAUUUGUCGGACUUUAGCCAUAGAAUCCCAUGUCCAAAUUAGCUUGCUUGUCUGUAUCUUUGAAGAGGCAAAAAAGAGAAGAGGAUUGUUUUGUUGUUCUCUCUCUCUCUCUCUCUCUCUCUCUCUCUCUCCAUACCAAUGUCAGGUGUUCUUAGCAUCCUCUUCUUGUUGCUUCCACAUCUUUCUUCUUCACUCCCCUUGUGCACUGAUUUGAGGGCACCCGUCAUACCAAAGACUCCUCUGGUCUUCUGUCCACACAAUGGGAAAGUAUGCUGUGACACAGCCAUGGAUUUGCAACUUGAGAAGCAAUUUCAAGCCAUGAAUAUUUCUGAUUCUGGAUGUGCCUCCGUUGUGAAAUCUAUCCUCUGUGCAACAUGUGAUGAGUUUGCGGCAGAGUUAUUCAGGGUCGAAUCCGUGCCUCGAUCGAUCCCAGUUCUUUGCAACUCUACUGUUUCAGCAAACUCAUCCUUCUGUUCAAAUGUGUGGGAUGUUUGUCAAGACACAUCCAUUUUGAAUUCCCCUUUUGCCCCGUCUUUACAAGGUAGCACCGGUUUGCCACACAAUUCGACCUCUGCCAAGCUAACCGACCUUUGGCAGUCAAAAACUGACUUCUGUCACUCGUUUGGCGGUGCCUAUAACAAUGAUUCCUUAUGUUUUAAUGGAAAACAAGUUUCACUUAUUAACGUUACUGAAACUCCUGUUCCCCCAAAUGGCCUAUGCCUCGAGAAAAUUGGCGAUGGACAAUACAUUAACAUGGUUUCUCAUCCCGAUGGCUCUAACCGUGCCUUCUUCUCAAGCCUAGCUGGAAAAAUAUGGCUAGCCUCUAUCCCCGAGCAGGACUCUGGGAAAAGUUUGGGGCUUGAUCAAUCUAGCCCGUUUGUGGACUUAACUGAUCAAGUUCAUCUUGAUACUACUUUUGGGAUGUUGGGAAUGGCUUUUCAUCCCAACUUUGCUCAAAAUGGUCGGUUCUUCGCUUCAUUCAAUUGUGAUAAGGUUACGUCACCUUCAUGUUCCGGAAGGUGUGCUUGUAACUCGGAUGUGAAUUGCGAUCCUUCGAAGCUAAAUUCUUCAAACGGAGCUACACCAUGCCAGUAUUAUAGCAUUGUUGCUGAAUACACCACCAAUGGAACAACAUCAGACCCUUCAACGGCAAAAAGCGCCAAGCCAUCAGAAGUGAGAAGAAUUUUUACAUUAGGCCUUCCGUUUACUUCUGAUCACGGUGGGCAGAUUCUUUUCGGUCCUAAAGAUGGGUAUUUGUACUUUAUGAUGGGGGACGGUGGAAGCAAAGACGAUAGUUACAAUUUUGCGCAGAACAAGAAAUCUUUGCUUGGAAAAAUUAUGAGGCUCGAUGUAGAUAACAUGCCAACUCCAGCAGAAAUAAGUGAGCUUGGACUAUGGGGUAACUAUUCGAUCCCUCAAGAUAAUCCUUAUUCCGAAGACAAGGAUUUGCGGCCUGAAAUUUGGGCUAUGGGACUACGCAAUCCUUGGCGUUGUAGCUUUGAUUCAAAAAGGCCUUCCUACUUCCUUUGCGCGGACGUUGGACAGGAUAGAUAUGAAGAGGUGGAUGUCAUCACCAAAGGCGGGAACUACGGAUGGAGUGUUUACGAAGGGCCUCUGUUCAAUUCUCAGCAAUCUCUCAGAGGAAACACUUCUGCUAACUCUAUUGAUCUAAUCUUCCCAGUGGUGGGAUAUAACCACUCCAGUGUGAAUCACUUGGGAUCAGCGGCAAUAUCAGGCGGGUACUUCUAUCGUUCCACGACUGAUCCUUGCGCGUAUGGAAGUUACUUGUACUCAGAUUUGUACGCUGGUGCCAUAUGGGCAGCCGCAGAAACUCCAAAAAACAGUGGAAAUUUCAAUACAAGUUCCAUUCCUUUCACUUGUGCUCAUGACUCUCCAAUGCAAUGCUCCACCGUGCCCAACAGCGCUGUAGUGGCUUUAGAAUACGUGUACUCGUUCGGAGAGGACAACAGGAAAGAUGUUUUCAUUCUGACAAGCUCGGGCGUGUACAGAGUAGUCCGCCCGAGCCGGUGCAACUACACUUGCUCGAAAGAAACUGUGACAGUUAUUGGCAGCCCAGUUCCCUCUCCUUCUAUAAAUAGUAACAAUGUGGCUGAGAUAGAGAUGGAGUUUGUGAUCUUGCUUUUGUCAUUGAUGGUUUUGGUAGGCAUGUUUUUGUAAGCUUGAAUGAAAGAGAAACUGUGAAAAUUGAGAUCUUUGUUUUGUGCAAAGCAAUGUUGUGAGAUUGGUUAUUUUGUCAUGGAGUGAAAAUUAGAAUAUAUUUUGUAACAAUCA